AUGGCUGAAUUCUGGUCGUCAUGGGACAAGAAACUAGCAGACAAGGAACUCAAUGGUCCUUGCGAAACCGUUGCAAAGAGGACAGCUGUCAUGGCUCAACGCGCAUCGCUUACUGUGUCCGCGAAUGGCUUCUCGGCGAUUCACGCGGACGUCUCAACAACACCCACCAUCGGAAUGAUUGAAGAUCAAUAUGUUGAAGAUGAUUUUCCUCAAGACCCCGAAGACGACGAUUCAGACGGAGGCGGUGAGCGCGAGUAUCUUGAGUCCUCACCGGAGGUACAGAUUGUUGUCCCGACCGGCGCAAAUGCUUCUCCAUUUCAUGACCUUAUCGCAUAUGUCUUUCAGAAGGUCAAGAACAAGUCUGCAUCGUUACCGUCAUUUGCUCCCGGAGGACCAUCUACGAAUCAAGAAGAGCUAUAUAAUGCGACACUUCUGAAAUUGAAGGAAUCCGGCCCUGUCGAAGCGAAAAAGGAUGUCCUGCAAGCCAACUUCUUGCUUAGUAAGAGGGUGUUACUUUCUGGCAUUAUCAAUACGCUGUCACCAGAUGCACGGCGCUUCCGCCUUUCCAAAAAGAUCAUGAUGGGGUUUCCUCUGUCUUCUGUUGGCCCCGAGUCGCAGAUCCACACGGCAGCCAAGGAUGUGCUUGCUACCUUGCUCAAGGCGCUCUACUCCAAUUUGGACAAGGACCAGUACAGUGAACCCGACUUUGUCAACCUGCAGCAGAAAAUGUGGCAACUGCUGAGUGAAACGGCGAGCUCAAAGAAGACACAGGAGGCGAAGGCCAGGUAUAUAACACUUCAAGUCGUCCAGCAAAUUGUUCUUUGGAUCGAGCUCAAGGUGUUUGUACCACCAACAUCGGAGCACGUUUUUGUCUCGGCAUGGACAACGCUGCUCAAUAUCCUUCUCCAUGACACAUCAAUGAGAGCCAUCCCCGGCGAGUUGGCGUCUAAGGCCAGUGCACGUGCACGUCAAGCUGCGGAGCAGGCUUAUGGAUCUACAACGUCGACACCCUGCGGACGCAAGAUUGAUAUAUCCACCCGGAUCCAGGUUCGAAAUGAGUGGAAGCAAGAGAUUGCUAUUUUCGAGUUCAAGUCGUCCCAGGCUACUAAGCAGAUGCUACAGAGGCAACAGAAUAAAUCUGUUCGAUUGAACGCGGCUAUCAUGAUGGACCUCGAGACGCACGGCUUGAAUAUCGAACACAGCUAUCCAAUUAUCGCGGAAGGGCAAGGUCUGAGUGAGCACCUGAGGCGUUACGCAAUCGAUAUUCAGGAUGUCUUGGCGAAGACGCCUUCAAGUCCAUUCGAAGGUGGCGACGACGACGAUCUUGCUUUUUCACCUGCGCUCCCUUCUACUCCACCCCCCAAAAAGAGGUCCGACUCGUUUAUCCUCUUCUCGCCAUCCAAGAAGGAUAAACAUAACGACUGCGACCACGACGACGGUGCUGAUUGA